AAUGACUGCACGUCAAACUCGGCUGGAGAGAGAGAUGUCACAGGGAAGCGAGGCGGAACCCACAGAAGCAAUGUGGACUUCCCUGGGCGUCCUGGAGAGAAGCGUUUCCCAGCUUAGACGGUCUGUUUGGAAAGCGACGACAGAAGAUUUGUGUGUCUCGCCGAGGAUCUACUUUUUCAGAGUCUCUCUCAAAGGCUGAAACUGCGCUGCACCUUGACGCGCGGACUUCAGCGACGCGUAUCCAUUCUCUGAGCAUGCAUGCCUCUGAAAGAGAAGAAGUUCCCUCGCCACGACCGCAAAAGAUCUCUCUUCGCUAGAUCGAAUCAAAAGGCGACAUGCCGUCUCCUCUGCGCAAGUCGACAUCGCUCUCUCGCCUUUCUACUGCUGAAGAAGGAAUCUUUCAAGUGAAGUUGUCGACAAGCCGAGAAGAUAACUGCCGCGUGUCUCUCUAUCUCUGUUCGUCCAAGAAUCUCCACGCUGGCUCUCGCGUUCAGAGGCUCUCGAAAUCAGCAGAAAAUGGAACCAGUCCGCCACUCUCCAGAAGCAGACUGUUUUUUAACAGGCGCAGGCCCCCUACAGAAGCCUGAGCGUUCAGACAGCCGCCGACCUCUCUCCUCUCCGUCUUUCCUUCUCGCAGAAUGACGAGAAAAAAACGCAACCGAGGAACAUCCAGAUAUAUAAAAGUUGCAAAAACUCUCUCCAGUCACAUGUCGCAUCCACGCACAUUGUCACAUGCGUUUUUCAUAAACGUUUUCACAUUUAUAUACCGACUGACACACGGACGCGUGUCUUCA